CUUGUUUUGUUUUGAUCUUGUUUUCUCAUUUUCAACUCUUCAUUUUUGUUUACGGAAUAAAAAUAUUUUUUAUUACAAUUUGCUAUUAAUUGAAUUAACCAAUUUAAAUUGUUAUUAUUCAACUACCUGUUAACAACUAUUCUCUCUCACCAAAGGCUCUCAACUUAACAAAUUUACGAAUCAGAUUCUUCUAAAGACAACCUGAGGAAUAUAUUUAUCUAUCACUCUACAACCACCUACACAAAUCCACAUCCACAAUCAUCAAAAACUCUUACAUAAAUCUUGGGUUCUCCUUGUUUUUUUUCUAUCUCUUGCUCUCUUUUUCUCUCGCUCACUCACUAUAUAUAUUCUUCUGCUCUUACACCUUUUUAUAUCUCCAUCUUUUUGUCCACCACUCAUAUCCUCAACUUAAACCUUUAUCCUGCUCAUUUUGUUAAACUAAAUCAACAAGUGUCUCGUUUUUAUAAAAACACAUUGAAAGUUAAAUUAGGAUCAACACCGGGAUAUGGUUUCAUCAUUGAUGGCUGAUGGAGAGAAGGAAAACUCCUGUUCAUGAUUUUGCGCCUUCUUGGUUGAAAAUAAAUUCAUACGAUAAAGAUUCAAGCUCAACAAGUAUAAAAAAAACUGACAGAGAAGAUACAUUUGACCUCCGACCUCAAUACUUGAAACAACGUGAUACCAACAAGGAUCCUAAUACAAGCACCAGCAGCAGUAGUAGCAGCAGCAGCAACCACUUGAACCAAAAGCCUAUCAAUCAACUUGCGAGUUCCUUAUUGAAUACUUCAUUUGAUUACGAUUCCGAUAGGAUUGGUGAAGAUUCGUCCCGUCAAAAAGGUUGGCCAUCAAAUAGUUCAAGCAAUCAAAGCAAUGGCUGGUCAAAUAAUCGUCGUUACAAUUUAAAUAGUAAACCACCAAGUAAUCCCGUCACAAGUUCAGAAUCAACAGGUGACUCAACUCGACGAUUAUUUAAUAACUCAAGAAUCAAUGAUAUUGGCAUAGUAAAUCUCCCAAGUGCAACUAAAUCAACAACCACUGGUUACCCUCAUCUUCAUCAAAAUCAGACCCAUUUUCAUCAACAUGGUAAUAUUAAAGGCAGAUUGAGUAAUUCAGUUAAAGAUGAUUCACCAUUAGUGUCUGGAGAUUUGUUGGGAGGAAACAAUAACAAAAGUAAAAGCAAUACAAGGAAUGGAUUCGCUGAUAGCAAUAAGUUCAAAGAAGAGUUUCCAUCUUUAGUCGAUGAGAAGCAAGUGUCCAUCGAAACCAACAACGGAAAUAAUGUUUGGGACAAUGUGGCCAAUAAAGUUUUUCGAAGUGGUUCAAGUAAAGUUAGUUUGGUCUCACGACAUCUUGGCUCAUCACUUUAUGGGGACAAGGGAGAAAAAUCAAUGAAUGGCUCAAAUUACUUUAGAGCACUUGUUCCCGUUGUGCCAAGAAGAAAAACUGUAAACUCUAUCAAUGGAAAUGGCAGUGGUUCUAAAGAAAGUUCUACACUUGUUAAUAGUCUGUCCAAUUUAAGCUUAGGUUCCACCACCAAGAUACUACCUGUUUUUUCAAAGCCCACAAAUCAUUCAUCUGUUAGUCAUUCGUCUGCCAGCCAUUCAUCUACCAGCCACUCUAUGGCUAUUCUGGCCAAGAAAAAUCCAAAAAUGAAGAACAGUAUGAUGGAUUCAAAGGCGAGGUCAUCUUCGAAUGACAGUCGGCCUGAAACGAAUGAUGAACAAAAAUCUAUUGAUCCUUUUGACGAUGAUGAUGAUGGAAUCAACAGUUGCUGCUUAAAAGAAUCCAACAACAAGGAUCCUGGUGACGAGAAUAAAUUCAAUUUGGAAGGAGGAGAUGGAGAAAGAGAAGAGAAAAUAAAUAAAAGUGAAGAUAAUGAUGUUCACCUACUAUCCAGUUCUUUGGAAGCUGAAGAACGUCUUUUAAGAGAAAUGGGCUGGAAAGAAGAAGAUGAAGAUGAAAACUUCUAUGCUCCACUCACCGAAGAUGAAGUUAAAGAAUUUAAAGAUCUCAUUAAUAAAAGGAAAAGUUUAAAACGCUACACGAGCCCAAAAAUCCACCCAGGACGAUUUAAAUUCCAGGUCAAUUCCAAUCAACUUCCUUUGUCUCAAUUGAAUUUUCUCAACACACUAGCCACGGAGGACCAGAACAACGAUAAUUCUGACACAAGUUCUGAUGAAGAUGAUGAUGACAAUGGUCGUGUUAUUAGCAGAUGAUGGAUUUUCUAGCAACAAUUUGCGUAUAAAUAUAUGAUUCAAACUUAAUUUUGUUGAAAAUUUGAACCCAACAAUGAUUAAAGAGCAAGCACAAUGUCCUGAUAACCGAAACAACUAUGAUCAAAACUAAUUAGCAUCGAAUCAGCAAAAACGAAUCUUUUUUAACUCCAGCUUUAUCCUACUCUCUCUCUCUCUAUCUCUAUCUCUUCUUUCUCUCUGCUCUAUUCACAUAAUAAAACAACAAAGUCGAUCUUUGAAAUUGUACUUAUAUCCUUUUUAUUACAUUCGAAGCAAAAACUCAAAACUAAACGCAAAUGACCUGAAAAUUAACAAAACGAGAGCAAAAAGAUAAUCAUACGAGUACGAAAAUACGAUGAGCUUAUUUUUCAUUGAUUCUCUUGAUCGAGUUGCUACAUUUAAUAUCUUUAAUUGUACCGAUUAUUUGGUUAAUUUGGAGAUCGAUUAGACUUCAAUCUGUUAAUUGAUGAAAAAAAGAAAAAAAGAAAAGCUUUUUACAACAAAUCGCUUGAUCAGAAUCGAAUCAUCUUUCAAGUGAAUCACCAAUUAAACUUUAACUUAAUUUUCGAAAGGUCACAAUUUAACUUAAUAAUCAUUUAAUUUUCUUCAAAUUAACUCAGGUUUAUCGAAGCCACAGUUUUAACAAUCUCGUUAAUUGUUAAUCUUUGUUAAUUUCUAAAGUCGCACCUCUUAAUUUUAUCUGACCCAUUGGCAGAGAAAUAAUCAAAUUUACUAAUCGUAA